CCUGAAGCAAGAGCAGCACCUACUCCAUCAUGGCUGAUUCCUGUAUUGUACAGUCUGCUGAAUCAGAUCAUCCAGGAUGGAGCAGAUCAGCUUAUUCAGCCCUUUCCCACAAGAGGCAUUAAAGGAGCACCCAGGAAGACAGAGAGGGAGGCACCCCCUGCUUGCAGCACCCUCAGCCAGGUCCUGGCCAAUCUGGUUCCCAGGACAAGCAGGGACACUGCAGGACAACACAGUAUUAAUGAAGUGGUGGGGGAAGGGAGGCAGAACCCACUACAAAAACUGUCCCAGGCCCCAGCUGCUGGCACUUUGAACUUCCUUCACAUCCUCUCUGCUCCAUAGCUGAGAGGCUCUUGUUACACCAUUACAGUUUGGGUGUGUUGGGAGGGUGGAGGUGCCAGGGCUCCUGGGCACCAGAGCAGAUGGAAUCCUGAGAGGUAUGGCUGCAACAGGGCCCCUGGGUGGCAGAGUUGUCCCUGCAGUUCCACAACUUUGUGGCACUCCGUGGCUGUAGCUGGGGGACAAGUGCAGACAGAUGGGAGGAGAGGUGAUGCAGGCUCCAUUCCCAACCCCUCAUGGCUUGGACUUAUUGGAUGGCCAGCAUCCACAUUAGGGUAGUAUCAUACCAGGAAUCAGGGCAUCUUCCUGUGGCACUGGCAAUACCUCUGCCACAUGUGAUCCGGGCUGGACUUUGCCUGAUGGGGCACUGCCCUGAGCACAGUCCUGUCACAGGAUCCAGUACUGCCCCAGGCACAGUCCUGGCACAGGAGCCAGCCAGUCUGGAUGUUGUGUAGCCUGCCAGCAGGGAAGACAACCAGUGUUGUGUGGACCCCCUGUUAGCCAUGGAGCAGGAAUAUGCAAUCAGGCAGAAGCUGGGAAGCCUCCAUGGCAUCCCCCUCUUCCAGAGCUUCAUCGAGGGCUGGCCACAGGUGAAGGCUUUCCAAGCCCGUCCAGAUGACCUGCUCAUCUCCACCUACCCCAAAUCAGGCACAACAUGGCUGAGUGAGAUCAUGGACAUGAUCUACCACGAUGGGAAUGUGGAGAAGUGCCAACGGGAUGCCAUCUACAAUCGCGUGCCCUUCCUGGAAAUGAAGGUCUCCAAGGGUCUGAGUGGUGAGCUUCCCCAGCCCGGCAUUGAGCAACUGGAGAAAGCCCCAUCCCCACGGCUCAUAAAGACCCAUCUCCCUGUCCAGCUCCUCCCAACCUCCUUCUGGGAGAAGAAGUGCAAGAUUAUCUACAUGGCCCGCAACCCCAAGGAUGUUGUCAUCUCCUACUACUUCUUCCACCAGAUGGCCAAGAUACACCCUGACCCUGGCACAAAGGCUGAGUUCUUGGAGAACUUCAUGGCUGGCAAAGUGGCCUACGGGUCCUGGUACGACCACGUGCGUGGAUGGUGGGAGAAGAAGCAAGAGAAGAAGAUACUCUACCUCUUCUAUGAGGACAUGAAGAAGGACCCACGGCAGGAGGUGCAGAAGAUCUUGCAGUUCCUGGGCAAGGAGUUGGCAGAGGGAACAGUGGAGAGGAUCCUGCACCACACCUCCUUCCAGGAGAUGAAAAAGAACCCUGCUGCCAACUAUGAGACCAUGGUCCCCACCUUGAUGGAUCACAGCCUCUCCCCCUUCCUCCGGAAAGGGAUCUCUGGAGACUGGAAGAACCACUUCACUGUGGCCCAGAAUGAGCACUUCAACCAGCACUACCAGGAGCACAUGGCAGGUUCUGACCUCUACUUCGAGAUGGAAGUUUGAGAGGCUCAUCUCUCUUCCCAGGAAGACUGUGAUUCUCCUUGCUCUCCCAGUGGAGAGAGUGGAUCCAGAUGGAGAUUCUUGCACUAAUUCACUUUCCCCCCUGCAAUAAAUUGUGAUAAAUGGA